AUGAAAUUCUUCACAAGCUGGGGUGGGGAGGCUACUCGAUCACUUGGAUCGCACGAGACCGUUUCUAAAGAUGCUCACAGAUCAUGUCGAAAUGUAGCUUUGAAGAUUACGAUCUCGGAAGCCUCGACUUCAAGGAAUCGUGAGCGCCAAGUUCUUGAGGCUCUUUGGCAAACAGAACCUCCAUCGGAAGUGCAACAUCAGCACGUCGUACGGCUCUUUGAUGCAUUCAAGCAUGUUGGGCCCAACGGUACGCAUGACUGUCUGAUUCUGGAAUUACUCGGUCCCAGCAUUCCUACCCUCAUCGAAGCACGGUAUUCAGACCGCAGGCUCCCAGGAAAGAUUGCAACAAAGCUUUGCAAGGAGACAAGUCUUGCGCUUGAUAUUCUGCACAAGCAGGGAAUUGGACAUGGAGAGCUAUCGAAAAAGCUGGGACCGCCUAAAAUAGGCCAAGUCACCAGAUCCGACGGGAGUCUCUUAGGCCGCGAGGUACCAGACUACCUAGUCUGGUCUGCAAGAUUACCAACCACUGAUCUGGAAAUUGCAAAAGCAUCAAUCAAGCUUAUUGACUUUGGGGAAUCGUUUUUCCUGAAUAAUAGAACGAAGACACUGCAUACACCGCUGGCAAUGCGAGCCCCUGAACUGCUAUUCGACGAUGAUUAUGAUCUCUCAGUAGACAGCUGGGCUCUAGGUUGUACCAUGUUCGAGUUGAUCGUCGGCCAACCUCCAAUUUCUAGACUCUUGGCAAAGAAGGGAGAUAUUCUACAACAAAUUGCUGAUUUGAUUGGCGAGCCGCCAGAAAGAUGGCAGUCUAAAUGGAAAGCACUGCCAAAAUGGGCAUAUACACUGGAAGAGUGGUUGGAGUUGUGCUACUUUGAUGCCGAAAAGUCUCCCGAUUUGAGUCGUCAUGAAGUCGCGGAAUUCGGAAGAUUUGUCAAAAAGCUGAUACAGUGGCAACCCUCCGCUCGCCCAUCGUUGCCGAAUGUCCUCUUGGACGACUGGCUCAAGAGCCAAUAA